GGCCUCCGAUGUCAUCUCCCGUCGUAGCUGAAGCAUCUUACCCUCAAAUUCGAGCGCUCUCUCUGAACCAGAGAUUGGUGUCAAAUUGUGAGCUGGAGGCAGCGGUCAAGGCAUGCGACAAACUGCACGGCUCUAUUCCCAUUGACGAACCUUUGCCGCUGAAGGACAAGUGGGUGCUGUGGGAGCAGCUCACUCUUCAUAAGAACGCCGCUACACCUGAGCCCAAGUCCGAGGACGCCGAGGGUGAUGGUGAUGCCUCCAAGCAGCAGCAGCAAGUCGAUCUCACGGAAGUGGCAGUAGCAGCUGCUCGUGGGAUAUCGAACUUUGGCGAGCUCACUAAUCGAGUUGCUGAGAUCUCAACUGUGCAAGACUUUUGGAAGUACUACAAUUUCCUCCCACAGCCAAGCGCUGUUAUCGGAGACAACCUCAGAAUCGUCAGAUACGACAUGUUGGAGAACGGCGAGAUGUCCAAGACGCCGACUCAUUCUCUAGGGGCUCUCAUGCUCUUCCUGGACGGUGUCAAGCCCGAAUGGGAGGAUCCGGCCAACGCCAAGGGGGGCCACUUCCAAUUCACGAUGCAGGCAGCUGCUUUCAAGUCCAAGGCGUCCUUCGACUUUGAAGCUUCCAACCCUGUCACACAGGUCAAUGCUGGCCUCGCACUUAUGGACGAAAUCUGGAAUAACCUUGUCCUCGCUGUCGUAGGCAACACUUUAGAGCCAAAGGAUUUCGUCACUGGCCUGAGGCUAGUUGAUAAGGUUAAGCGUGGUAAUGUGAGAGGGGGCUCUUCUCGAAGUAACGCUAGCGGCCAUCUCCGAGCAGAGGUGUGGUUCCGUGAUAUUGAUAAGGAUAAGGUGAGAAGACUUCGAGAGUCUAUGGAGAUGGUUAUGCGACAACGGUUGGAUCAGAAUGCAGUCGUGGACUUUUCAUCAGAUGCUCCUCCCAUUUUCCCUGGAUACCGUUUGGACUUGCGUCCUCAUGAUGAUACGGCGAUGCAGCAGAACGUCCAGGAUUCCAUCAACACGAGGAAACAGUACAAGAGGACGAAGACUCGGAAGCAAAUAAUGAAUUCAGCGAGAUCUCGAGGCGAGUUUAACUAAGCGCAGCUCGAUCGUCCAAUCCUGUUGGAGAAGCUGCGGGUCUAUCAUCUGAGAGCCCUCGUGAUUGGAUGUCGUUUAUUCGUAGAGCAUCAGCAGUAGUUGUGAUCAGAAGCGUAGCUUUUAUGUCGUCCUUCUCUCACAGG